UAUGAGAAUUCUAGGGACGUUACCCACUAUAAAAUAUUCCCUUCUAAGAGAUAUCAGCAAAGAUACAUGUACUCCCAAAGGAAAGUGAGGGCUCAGAUAUAGAAGAACAAAGAAAGGGGCAUAACAGGACAAAGCACCGGAACGAAUCUGCGUGGGAUUACGAUGAAGGAAGCAAGAAUGGGCUCUGUGGAAUUCAUAUUGAUUUUCUUCAUGCUUUCCUUCCACUUCUAUUCUCCUCUUUCUAUGGCAGAGAGCUCGCCGUCAGCAGCAGCUCAUUUGAAGGAAGACACUAGCUCUACUCGUGGCAGCGGAAAUGGAUUAGGCCACCGGAGAAGUAUGGCAAUCACCACUUUUAGUGCCAAAGGAGGCCGACCCAUCGGCACCGGCGGGCCUAGGGAAGGAAAUCACCGUACGCCAAGCACAGGAGGCGCCGCCGUGAUUCCCUUUUAUGCAGCGGGGGCUGCCGGCGGCCACCACGGCAGCCACCAUGGGGCUGCAGGCAGCUGCAGACACAGCUACCUUGCACUCCUCACCUUGUGUGCAGUGGUCUUGGCAUCGUUUCUCUUACAAGUAGUUCUGUGACUAGUAACCAAGCUACCGUGAACUCAAUAUGUAUAUUGGCAUUCAUAGGAUAGUAAGUAUAGUUUAGCCAGCACCAGUCCGUCCUUUAUUUUAUUUUUGUUUUUUGUUUCUUUCUUUUUUGUGUGCACGGUAAUGUAUAUUGUCGGUUGUCUUUAUUUUGUGCAUGUGUUGUUGUGUUACAGACAAAAAUUCAUUAAAAACACAAAAAAUACCUAAAAGUCUAAAAUAAUAUUUUGAGCUAAAAAUGUAUAAAUU